CGAAAAAGAAGACGAUGAAGAAGAAGACCUGGCACUCAGCAGCAUCUUUGGCACUCAACAGCCAACAAACAGGGACGUCGUGAGCAACUCUUGAGUUCUGUAUCAAGUGACAUAAAUACAGGCAGUACGAGACUCAAGGAGGCAAACUGUUUGCUUUCAUGUACUGUAGGAAGACUCAUUUAGUAUGUGUGUGAAUUUCAUGAAGUAGGAAAAUAAGAUGAGCACCAAGAUGUUUUACAACUUAUAUCGUACUGAUGUCGUACAAUGACUUGAUUUGAUUUGGAGCCCCGUUUUCGGGGUAUAUCCAUGAAAACCCGUUGUAUAUCGAUUGAAGAUGUAACUGUUCUUGGUGAAGAAUAAACUUUUCCUGCCCUCCAUGAAUGCAGUGUUGCUGUUGAAACAAGGCUCAUUGUGAAAAUGGCUGUUGUACUGACAAACAACUUAUAUACAAACUGGAGACUUAACCCCCGGGGAUCCUAAAUCUACUGGUGAGUUAUACUUUUUAGUGCUGUGGCAGCACGGUAGGCUGGCUCGGCAGACCCAGGUCUUUGCCGGCGCCGGUCGUUGCACCUACGGCCCAUAAAUUUGCCACGGAGCGUGGCGGGAGGCCUUUACCUCCCCAGAGAGAGUUGCACACCAACGUCCGGGUGUCGUAACCCCUCUCGCGGCUCGGCCGGUGUUCGUGCACCGUCACCCUACGAGUCAAUCAACCGGCACCCGCGAGGUUUCGGGUGCUCGCUCUUCGCGUCGGACGCUUUGGUCCGGGGCGCUUUGGCCCGGGUGCGCGGCUAAUCCCUCGGCAGUAGCAGGCGUUGUCCCCCCGCUGGGGGACAAGGUCACUUUGAACCUCCAGCCCUUUGGGCCAUCCUUUCUCGACGCCUCCUUGGUGCGCCUUCCAUCCUUUUCCCGACGACUGGAGGUUCAGAACCGCCAGGUGCGUACGUUUUUUGUACCCGGUACUGCUUUGAGUGCCCCUGAGCCGCUGCUACUGGCGCUCUUUGGCGCUAGGGCCGUCACCUUUUUGGUAACGGUAUUCUGUUGAAUCCGCCCUUUCUUCUGUAGCUUCUGCUUGGGGGUGAUCUUGAUCGUCCGCUUGACCAAGGUGUCCUCUUGGACCGCCUUGGGCUGCACGAAGACGCGCGGGGGUGGACCCCCCCCCGAGGGCCACCGCCUGCGCAAUCCGUGCAGCGGGAUGAAUUCCGAAGCCUCCCACGUUUUGUGGUCGGCUGUGUACUCGUCCCACAUUUUGCUGGACUGUUCCCAGCCCAUGUGGGUGAGGAAUUCAUCCUCCUUCACGGAGAUUUUCCCUUGCUCCCACUCGCGUCGCGUUGCCAAUGCGAGUCCUCUCCUGCAGCUGUGCAGCGUGCCGCUAAUUCCCUUCGCCAAGCUACUUAUCCUGGCCUUGCCUAAUGGGAAAUCAGAUCUCAUAACAGCGCCUUCGCCGUGCAUCGGGCAAAAGCGACUUCGUGCACCAGCUGUUUUUGCGUUGGUGUCGCAAUUGCAGUGGAUUUCUAUUAUCCUACCGCGUUGUUUGCGGAUUUUGUCUUCGGAUAUGUGGAUGCGCCACACGUCUCCUUUUUUGGAGAUGUCCGUGUCGUCCACCGCCGCGAUGCUGUCGCCCCGCAAUCCCGAUAGCGCCCAAAGGAGGACCAUUUUUUGGUCUUUUGCCUUUAGCGCCUCGAGCUUCGUACCCGGUAGGAAAGGCUUUGCUUUCCUCGGGUUGUGGUCUUGGAUUGUUCGUUCAAUUGCCUUUUCCACGUCCCCGAUGUUUCGGAGAAUGGCGGGGCUUUCGACUAGCCGCUGCGGGCCAUCCGCGGGUGGCGGUUCUACCAGCCACAUGAUGAUGCUGGAUGUGUACUGCGCGACUGAGGUGUAUUCAUUGAACACUAGGAAGGCGGCGAAUCUUUGCACCGCCUCCGGCCUCACGGGUAGCUUUUCACCCUUGGCCGCUAGCCAGUCGAGGAAGAAGGCGACUCGCGACUUUUUGUUUCUAGUCGUGGAGUCGGCUUCUCCCAUGGCGCGCAGCUCGUCGUCGUUUAGAUCGACAGCUUUGCGCAGUGCGUCCGCCCGCUUCGACAUUUAUUUAAUGUUACUUUUUUAUUUAUCUCUCGCUGUUGUUCCCUCUAACGUUCUUUUUAGUUUUUAUUUAGUUAGUUUGUUCUCUCGUCCUUACUUACUUUUUUGUCUAGGCUGGUUCGUGCGGCUGCUUAGGCGAACCUCCACCAUGGAUCUUGGCCUCCUGCCGUAUCUCAUGAAGUGGUCUCCCCAGCCUAGCUUCUUUACUUACUCGUAACUCCUUCCCACUCUGUUUUCCCUCUUUUUAGCUUGACGAGAUGUAACACGUCACUCCCUCGAACACUGCGCCGCCGCCGCCGCGUUUUCCCUUUCGGCCACCAGUCGUCACUGGUGGUUUGAUUUGUUUCCUCCCUCUCAACUAGAGUGUUUUUUACUCUGUCAAAAAGGACGAAUUUAUUGUUCCGCCACUAACUUAAUAAUGGUCCGGUGCCCCUGGUAAUUUGACCAGAGGGCUUAUGGCGAAUGCUUUUGCAUUCUGUUUUUCGAGGAUUUGUUGUCCUCGAGGCCGGUAGCCUUUUUCUUCCAGCUAGUCGCGUUCUAGCUUGUGCGUGGCUCCUUCCACCACACCGCGAGGGAGCGUUUGCUCCCAACGUGCUCCUUCACGUCUCUCCCCAGGAGGAUUUUUCCCUCCAUCACUCUCGAUUUAUCGGCGUCGAUCGCGUGAGCGGCUGUUUUUGCGCUCGUUCGAUCGCUUCGAUUUGUUGCGGCCACGAUUGUCUUUUUCGCGACUGUCGUUGCGAUGCCGUUGUCCCAGCGGAACCGCGUUUGCGUCGCUUCGCUGGGGUCCUUUCGGUUGGCGGCGUGUUCGGCCGUUUUUGGCCUUCAUCGCCUUCAUCGGCUGGACUUUCGGUUUUACGAAGUCUUUCGGGUGGCGGAUUGCUUCCUUGUCCUUCGCUGCCGCUCGUUUUGCCGCUGUGCCGGUUGGCUGCUGGUUGAUGUUUCGCCCUGCCAACCGGGCCGAGAAGAGGACUUCGGCCAGCUCUUUUUGCGAGCGGAUCACUUCUGCCCACGUUCUCUUGGCGAUAGUGAUGUCUGGGGGAGGACGGUUGCGGUCGAUGAGGUGGUGGUGUGUGCAUUCCAGGUGUUGAGCGUCGUUGCGACAGCCUGACUGCACCGCAUGCGCUUUGUGCGCGUGGAACCAGUGGCAUACCGCCGGCGGAAGCAUGAGUCCCAUAUUUUUCAGGGACUUCAAUGCGGACGGCUCCACUAAGCCGGUUUGAGGGAAGUACACGUAGUAUGUGGUGCGUGUUCCUCCCUUCGCGUUUCGGCGCUCGGCUAGCACCACGUCGACACGUUUGUCGAGGCGGCGGUUGUGGACUGGGUCCAUGGCCGGGUUGAAAUCUGUUUUUUCCAGAUCCAAACUCUCCAACCAAGUGUCGCUCGGCAUGGUUGUGCCCGUGUCGUCGUCCCCGCCGCUGUCGGCGUCGCUGCCGAACGGGUUUUGCGGGCCUUCGCUCGCCGAUCGCUCUCGCGAUUCGCUGCGGCGGCGGCUGUGGCUACGAGAGCGCAGUGUGACUGUCACACGUUCGCUUCUCGGCUUGCCUAAGCUCGCCUCGGCGUCUCGCAUGGAGAACAUUUCAUUUUUGAUUUCCUCCAUGUUCUCCUUGAAGAACGCUUUUUGGACGGGCGGUUUGAUUUUUCCCCCGUCUUCCUCGUCCGUGUAGCGCGCCUCGUCGAUGAGGUGGAGACCGAAGUGGUUGUACCAGGCCAGCAGGUUGAACAUGUAUCUGUUCACCAGCCCGGUCUCCCAGCGCUUCAUCUUCUGCUGGAGCGCGUCGAGGCUGCGGGAGCCUUCCUUCAUGAAUCCCAAGAACACCAUCAUUUUUUUGAUGGCGAUUUCUGGGAAGUUCUCGUUGAACUCGGUCAUGAAGUCGAAGGGCUGCAGGUCGGUGGCGCCGUUGAUGGCGCUUUCCACGCGGCGCAGCGUCUCCCAGCACUGGUCCAGGUUGCAUCUGUCCCAGUAGUCAGCCGGGACGCUGGCGACGACCUGUUUCCGGACCAGGUUCUGGAACGCGCUGUUUGUGCGCUGCAGGUUGUCUCCGUUAAAGCCUGCGAUGGCGCAGUUUGAGACCUUGGGUUGGUUUUUUCCCACCUGGGCUUCGCCCCAGAUGCCUGCGGCCGCGUAUGCUCCGAAGAGCAGCGCCAGCGCCUUUUGGUUGAGGCGUUGGCCUGCCGUCGUGUUCAGGACGCUGUUUUCGUCCACGUCGAAAACGGAGCGGAGGCCGUGCUUUUCCACGUGUUUUAAUAACGCGGUGAGCACGUGGUUCGCCUGCUUAGAGGCUUUUUCUCCGUUCGUGAAGAAGCAGUUUUUAUACUGCUCCUGUGCGUCUGCGACUUCCUCGCCCGGAGUUAAGACGGAAGGCCAGACGACUUUCACCUCUGUUUUCUUCUCGACGCCGUUUACGCGUCGGUAGACGAAGAAUUUUUCUCCUUCGCUAGCCGGGCGCGUGUCGUCAUAGGAGAGGAUUUUGUCCUCUCCGCUGCUGUUCAAAGCCGUUGCGAUGGCCUUUGCGGUCUUCUUCGCGAACGUUUUGAACAGAGCUGCCGUCUCCGGCGGCUCCUCGGAGGACUCUUCGCUUUUGUCGGCGAAGUCCACGGAGUCCUCCUCCUCUUUCUUUUUGGCUUCGAGCUCCGCCUUGCGCUGCUUCUCCUCUUCUUCGAGGAGCUUUCGGUCCUCCUCCUCGUGCGCCUUGCGGACCGACGUCCACGGCGUCUUGGCCGGCUUCGCGUCCCAGUCGUUGAGCACCUCUUUGUUGGUGCGCUCGAUCAGGUAGCGGACUAUCACCUCCUUUUUGGCGGUCUGCGCCGGGACUUCCGCCAGGUUCAGCUGCGGGUUUUCCUCCCGAAACUUUCGUUUUUCGGCGAGCUUCGCGCCGGCUUCAAAAGUCUCUUUUUUAAUCAGAGACUUCGAGGCCCAGGGUUCGGCCGUUAGUUCCUCGUGGUAUGCGCCCAACCACAAGUGGAACCACAUCAAGGUGGUGCCCUGUUCGGUUAGGGUUCCACCUUCCCCCACGAAGCGCGGGUCCUCCAGGUCUUUUUUGACCGUGUCGAUGAAUUCCGUUUCCGGAAGUUCACCGACCAUCUGUCGGAGUGCUGCAAUCCAGUCCUGGAUGUUUGCGCAGAAGAUGAGUUUAUCCUCAUACUGCGUCUUCUCCUCCAGCUGCUUUUGCAGCGCCUCCAUGGCCUCCGCCAUGGAGGGGUGAAACAGUGAUCCGUCGAUCAGUUUCAGAAGGGCUUUGCCCUUCUCGUCGACGUCCUCGCUCCCCACAGGAUUUUUGCCUGUGUGGAUGACGAGGUCUCCGACGCUUUUCAGGGAGGUCAUUUUGUUUUUUGUUUUGCUGAAAACCAGAGUGCGGGGGCACUACUAGUCACUAGUUUCUAGAUUGCGAUUAUACGCGCACAGAAAGUCCCUGGAUUUUUGGGAAAAAGAAAAGUUUUUUGACCUGCCCAAGCUAGCUUUCAGCUUGAGGUUACGAAAAUGUGCUGCCACAAGCGCCAAACCCUCGCGGCGAUUUUUGCCCCGCGAGGGGAUGGCGCGCCGCGCGCGCGGCGGAACUCGAUUUUUACGAGCUCCCCAGCACCCCCCACUGGGCGCCACGCGCCUGCCCACCGCACCGCCGGAGGGCGCGUUGGCCCUCCCGCGGCCUACGCACGAGCGCUUUGGCCCGUGCGCCGGCAGCCCGCUCCGCUCCGCUCCGCUCUGCUCCGCUCUGCAUGUGAACUCCGCCCCGUGGGUGUAGCAUUAACGCUCUCACCCGACCGCACCCGAGCCUCCGCGGAGGCGCGAACCGUGGUUCGCCUUCGCCGAGAUGCGCCAUUGCAUCGACCGGCGGCGUCGCGCGUGAGUGCAUUUUUUGCACCGCACACGACGGGGUUCGCGGGGCCCGUUGCCCCCAACCCUCUCCCUAGUUGGUCCCUCAGCCGACAUUUUUUGUCGACUGUCGUCCAGGAACCUUCCAGAGAGCGUAUCUUUUCUCUCACCUAAGUUAACUCACCAGUUAGUAUAAUCACUUCCCCCGCAAGCUCCUCCAGUGCAUAAAUAUAUAUCAUCUAAUAAACUUAUAUCAUGUAGUACUAAACUUACAGCAGCAUUUUCUACCGUAACUAGUUCUGGUAUUGGCUAUAUAGCUGAUUGGUAGUCUCAUAAUCCCCAUUAUUUCUCCGGUAGUUCCACCAUUAGGAUGGCAUAUGCUUUAUCCCUCGCAUUCCGAUUAUUAUCGAUUGAUAAAACUGAUAUCAAACAAAUAGUUCUUCUUUUGAAAUCCUACAUAUGAGACCUCUUCAAAACAGCUACGGAGGUUACUUGAUACCCCAUGAAUAACAUCCAAGAUUUUCACAGUGUAGGUCGCAGCUCUAAUUGACGUAA